AUGCGUUAUUACUUUCUAUGGCUGUUAUUUGCAGCUGUUUGUAAAGCAGAUGGUAACUGCUUCGCGAGCUUGCCGUCGGAUUUUUCGUUCAACAAUAGUAACAUCUAUCAGACAAGUUCGUUAUGUUACAGCACUUGCAAAGACGCGGGUACUAAGUAUUUUGCAUUGUUCAAUGGUGGAGAUUGCUAUUGUGGUGAUUCGAAUCCAUCCGAAACCGAAUCCUCGAGCUCAGGAUGUACCAGUUCGUGCAACGGUUACGGCACACAAAAGUGCGGGGGUUCCGACGCGUACUCUGUAUUCGCUAUUGAAGACAACUUGGAUGAUGGCGGAAGUGGAUACUCAAGCGUUGUAGCCGGUAGUUCGGUAAGCUCGGGCUCCACGUCGGCCUCCACUUCGGCCUCUGCGUCGGCCUCUGCGUCGGCCUCUUCUGGGAGCUCUGUCAGUUCUGGCUCAACAUCGAGCUCUGCAACCAGUUCAGAUACCACCUCAAGUAGCUCAAUAUCAAGCUCCUCAUCUGGACUAUUAGCCUCGUCUACACAGUCUCAGGAUUCUUCAUCCUCAACUUCAUCCUCAGCAGCAUCAUCUUCUCCAACUUCCAAUGACAACGUUGUAACCUCGACACAGACUUCCGAUGGCUACACUAAUUUAGUCACAAAGACGGUUACCGCCGAUUCGUCGUCGGCUACUUUGAGCAGCGACAGCAAGAAUGAAAAGUCCCACAGCAAGUCAAAAAAUUUGGGCGCCAUCAUAGGUGGCGUUGUUGGUGGCGUUUGUGGUGCUGCACUCGUCGCACUAAUUUUCUUACUGAUACUGCGGCGUGUGAGUAAGAGAAGAGAACAGGAGCGGAUGGAAAAGGAAUACCAGGAGGCUAUCAAGCCCGUUGAUUUCGACGACACGCUAUACCGCUCUUCAAUAUCGACACACAAGGGAAAUGCCGUGAAUCCGUUUGAUGAUCCACGCCGAGUCAGCAAUGGGUCUUUAGUAGAGCAGCCGGUUGAUCAGAACCAGAACACGCAAAAGACCUUAACAGUUGCCAAUCCGGAUGAGUAA